AUGUAGGAGAAGCGUCAGGAAGCCUGACGUGGGAGUUCUUCUGCGCCCAUAGCCAUGAUAGCAUCUCCCAAACAGAAUGGACAGUGCCUCCGUCAGCCGCCGGAGGCCGAAAACUCGGGCCUGGAGGAGAACGUGACGACCAUGCAUACGGCAGGAUAAGCAUACAUAAGCACGGGUCAGGCCGAAAACAGAGACGUCGGAGGAGAGGGGGAAGAGGGGGAAGAUGGAGACGUUCUCUAUCCGGUCAAUGACGGGACACACACACUGUCUCUCUCUCUUCCUCCUCUUCAUGAAUAAACUUUGAAUCCAUGCCCAAGGGAAGAAGAAAAGGGCACCGCUUGCGUUAUUCUCGAAAACCCAGUCUCGAACCGUUGUAGCAAUACGCCAUUCAUUGUGAUCCUAACGUGGAAUGCCGUAAUUCUCGAACGUUUGGAAAGUUGUCCGAAGGUCGAUCAUGAGAUGCGUUAUUAUUCGAGCUUGGGCCUAUGAGGCUCGAUCCAUACCACUGAUUUCAAAAGCUUCGAUCAGUAAUGGCAAGAGUAAUUACCUUAUCAGAUCACCCAGAUCUCGUAUGCGUUUCCGUGUAAUCCGAUAUACCAUUAGCCAAUAAACGAGAUGCUAGUCAUCUUAUAUGGUAGCUUUUCACGUUGAAGUUAUCCCAUUUUAGACUCUCUCUCUCUCUCUCUCUUUCUCUCUCUCUCUCUCUCUAUUCAUAUUUGACCGCCCAGAAAGACUCUUGCCACCUUUGAACAGAGAAGCGCUUCCCCAUUUACCAUUUCCAACUCUUGUUGCUUAGUUUGAAUGAAAUUUCUGUUUCAGUCACCAAAAAAAAAAAAAAGUGCAUGCACUUAAACCUCAGAAAACAGUGUCUCUGCUACUCGUGCAACUCUCGCUUCCCGAGAAAAUCCCUGCGCACUCGCUUCCAAUCUUCCUGGAUUUACGUACUUCUCUCAAUUCCCAGUUGGGUUCAUUUGGCAGAAGGACUGAAACAGGGGAAAAAAUCUGGUUUUUCAAAAUAUCUGUGGGCAUUGGUGCGGGAGAGAUGGUGCACCGCCAGAGGUUCCAUCGAUGGAGAGAAGGCGAAGCGCAUAUCUUCGAUGAUGAAGAGUCGCGUGGCAGGAAGAAGCCCGAGCUCUUCUACCUCCUCCUCCUCUCUUUUCUUUCUUGCAGCUUUGUGGUGGUCCCUGAGCUGCUCGGUUCCGGUAGCCUCUCUCUCCGUUGGGUUUUGCUCGCCUCUCUUUAUUCUUUCGUCGUGGACAGUGAAGGCGCUGGUGAGAACUACGAUGCAAAUGCCCCUCCUUGUUCUUCAAUGUCAAAUGGGACCAUAUGCUGUGAUAGGAGCGGCUUUCGCUCUGAUGUAUGCAUCAUGAAAGGGGACGUAAGGACACACUCUCCCUCUUCUUCAGUCUUCCUUUAUCUUUCGAAACAGCCAAGCAGGUUCGUCGACUUCAUCUCAAGCGUUCACCGAGCAGCCGAAGGCCACGAUGAUGAGGAACUCCAGCACGAAAAGAUAAGGCCCUAUACGCGAAAAUGGGAGAACACUAUCAUGGAUAAAAUUGAUGAGCUUGACCUUAUCGUGAAGAAAGAUACCAUGGGCGCUCACCAUCGGUGCGAUGUCUGGCACAACGUUCCCGCGCUGCUCUUUUCGACCGGAGGCUACACAGGUAACCUCUACCAUGAAUUCAAUGAUGGGAUUCUUCCGCUGUACAUUACGUCACAGCAUUUCAAGAAGGAGGUCGUGUUUGUCAUCCUUGCAUAUCACAAUUGGUGGAUUAUGAAGUAUGAGAACAUCCUUUCUCGCCUCUCGAACUAUCCGCCCAUCGACUUUAGUGGAGAUAAAAGAACCCACUGCUUCCCGGAGGCCAUUGUUGGUCUGAAAAUCCAUGAUGAUUUGACUGUGGAUCCUUCACUGAUGAAGGGGAAUAAGAGCAUCCUCGAUUUCAGACACUUCCUGGACCGUGCUUACCAGCCGCGGAGAAAAGGUUCAAUACCAGACAAAAAGCGAGGGGUACAGCUGAAACUGAAUCAAGCGGCUUCAGCGCCAGCUUUGAGGCAAUCGAUGACAAUUAAUAAGGACGACCAGAAACACCGGGUGAAGAAACCGAAGCUAAUAAUAUUAUCGCGCAGUGGGUCGAGGGCAUUAGUUAACGAGGAUUGCUUGGUUAAAAUGGCAGAGGAGAUGGGGUUCAUAGUAGAAGUUUCGAGGCCUCAUCGAACGACAGAACUGGCGAAGAUGUAUCGCUUGCUUAAUGAGAGCGAAGUUAUGGUUGGUGUACACGGGGCUGCUUUGACCCACCUCCUCUUCCUGAAGCCUGGUUCCGUGCUCAUCCAAGUCAUUCCUUUAGGGACAGAUUCGCCAGCUGAGACAUGCUAUGGUAAACCUGCAAGAGAGCUUGGUUGCGAGUAUAUCGGGUAUAAGAUUUUGCCUAGAGAGAGCUCGUUGUAUAGCGAAUACGACAGAGGCGACCCAGUCCUUACAAAUCCAAAGAGUGUGACUAAGAAGGGAUGGCAAUACACUAAGGAGAUCUAUCUUGACAGACAGAAUGUGAGCUUGGACAUGAGGAGAUUCCACAAGCGGCUGCUUCAAGCUUAUGACUAUUCCUUCGCGAAAAUAAACGGUCAAGUUAGCUACAAUCAAACAACCAAAUUGUUUAAGCUUUGCUAACUACUUCGUUAUCUUCACCUUCCUUAAAUAAUUGUUAAUAGUUUUUUUUCCAUCGACUUAACGGUUGAACUGGAAUAAGUACUCUCAUCUGUAAAUCAGUUUUUCAGGUUCAUCAUAAACUUGUAAAGAAGGCAUUAUUAACAAUUUGGUGAAUUGGAUGACUUGUUAAUGAUGCUGCUCUUUCCCUUCAUAUGUGUUUACCUGACAGUAGGAGUUUUGGGUAUAUCUAAGGCAAUGGCCAUCUGCUUGGUUGUAUCCUCAACAAAAUUAAGCUGAACUUAAAAGAUGGGAAAGUGAUCCUCUUUCAGAAAAUGAAACAUGGAAGUUGUUGCUAUAGUUGUGUUUUCUUUUAGACUGAUGAGCCCCUCAGUUGCAUUGUAGGUUUAUAGCUAAAUAAGUUAACUAUGUAAAAUCUAUAUCACGAGCGGCGUCGCCUAAAUAAACAAAGCGAUUCUCAGUUUCAGGACAUGUGAAGCUAUUAUAAUAAACUAUGCUAAAAACAAGAACACUUAAUACGAUAAUACCAUUUUGGUGUCACGUAAUAUGAAUGUCACGUUAUAUUCUCUGAAUCUAAGCUAUA